AAAUUAUAAGCAUUUGGGGUCAUUUCAUGUUACCACAAUCCACAUGAAACCAGUUUAACACAAGAUGAAGGAAAAAUCACUUAUUUAUUGCUUUGCGGUGUCUGUGAGCCUCCUAGGAAUUUGUAUAGUGGAGUGUCUGGCUAGUAACAAAUGUGAUAGAAGCAUUUUUCUUUCAUCACACACGGAGUGUCGCUCUUGUGCAGUAAACUCUCAAGUAGAUUGUAAUGAAGGUUUCCUAAAAAUCAGCAACGGAAGUGGAAUACGCGAUUGCAGAUACACUCUGGAAAUAAGGGACUAUGCUAUAUCUCUCCCUGGUUGCCGACAUACAUGUAUAAUGAGAAAAACUCAGGCUCUGUGUUGUCCCGGGUAUUGGGGACCAGACUGUAUGGAAUGCCCAGGAGGAGCUUCGGCACCUUGCAACAACAGAGGUAUAUGUUCUGACGGGAUGCAGGGCAAUGGGACCUGUUCAUGUAAGGCAGGAUUUGGUGGAACGGCCUGUGAGACAUGUGCUGAAGAUACAUUGUAUGGAACAGACUGCAGCUCUGAAUGCGAUUGUCUACAUGGAGUCUGCAACAGUGGAAUCACGGGGGAUGGAAUAUGCUUGUGCUUGUCAGGAUACGGUGGGCUCAGGUGUGAUCAGCCUUUACCAGAAUGUAAAGCACUGAAAUGCUCAGAAAAUUACAGGUGUGUGUCCGACGGCUCAGGUGUGCUUGUUUGCAAGUGCCUGCCAAAUUAUCAGGAAAUUGGAGCAAAAUGCCAACCGAUUAAUCCCUGUUUGAAAAAGGUUUGCGAUGCAGCUGCUGAUUGCACUUACAUUGGACCAAAUAAACACAAGUGUACAUGCAAGGAAGGAUACAAAGGUGAUGGCAAAGUGUGUUUACCAGUUGACCCCUGCCAGACAAACUUUGGGAACUGUCCUACAGCGUCUUCUGUCUGCAAGUAUGAUGGACCUGGAAAGUCUCACUGUGAAUGUAAGUCAGGGUACAAGAACUUUCAAGAUGGCAAAGGUUGCGAACUGGUCGAUGUAUGUGCAACCAAGAACCCAUGCAGCAAAAAUGCUAAUUGCACCACUGUUGCCCCAGGCAAAACAGAGUGUACAUGCAAGAAAGGUUAUAUUGGGGAUGGGAUUUCAUGCUUUGGAAACAUAUUGGAUCGGAUGAAGCAGUUGAAUGAAAACAUAGGGCAAUGGAGAGGCAAGCUCUCCACUGCAAUAUCCUUGUUUGAGGUAUAUUCGUGGCCACUGUCUUCAAUGGGACCAUUUACGGUAUUGGUACCUAUAAACAAAGGAAUGAAAGGGAAAGAUGUAAAGAACAUUUUAGCAAAUAAGGAGAAUGCCCUAUACUUUAUAAAACUUCACAUGAUUGCAGGACAAAUGACUACUGAUGUGCUCAAUAACACCAAUUUAAUUUACACUUUAACCGGGAAAUCUGGAGAGAUAACAACUGGAAAUGAGGAAUUUAGGAUAAGGAUUCAUGGAAGCAAAAAGACAGGGAAAGUAAUAGAAGAAAACAUUAUUGCUUCAAACGGGAUUUUGCAUAUUAUUGAUAAAGCCAUGGAUUUUGUGGAACCUACUCUGGAGAGCAACAAAAAAGAAUCAAUCAUGGAGAUUUUACAGGAAAAUGGCAGAUACAAUCUCUUUCAUACACUUUUAGAGAAAUCAAAUUUGGGAUCAAGCUUAGAAAAAGACGGGUCUUACACUGUCUUCGUUCCCAAUAAUGCAGCACUGCAAGCAAUGGGAAAUGGGACGCUGGACUAUCUGCUCUCUAAGGAGGGCUCACGGAAACUUUUGGAACUUGUCCGAUACCAUAUUGUCUCUCCUGCAGAGCUGGAUGUCGCAAACAUCAUCUCAGCUAAUAACAUCAUGAGUAUGGCUAACCAGCUGAUCCAGUUUAAUACCACCAAUAAAGGGCAGAUCUUAGUGAAUGGAGAAGAGGUUGAAGAAGCAGAUGUUGCAGCAAAAAACGGACGCAUUUACACUUUGGAUGGAGUACUUAUUCCACCAUCAAUAUUACCUAUUCUGCCACAUCGAUGUGAUGACGUCAGAUAUGAAUUGCAACAUGGAUCCUGUAUUUCGUGUACAAUGAUGGUUUACAGUAGAUGUCCAGAAGGAUCAAAGCGUCUGGAUAUUUUUUCCAGGCGAUGUUUCCAAAGAACCAGUAUCAUGGGUAGCGACUAUCCAGUGCUCGGUUGUUCUAGGUACUGCAAUGUAACAGUUAAGGUACCCAAAUGUUGCAAAGGUUUCUACAGCCCAGACUGCAAUCUGUGCCCAGGGGGCUAUUCAAAUCCUUGCUCAGGAAAUGGAGAGUGUAUGGAUGGCAUGAAGGGAAAUGGCACUUGUGUAUGUGAUGCAGGUUAUACUGGAACAGAAUGUCAGCGUUGCUCAGAUGACAGAAAAUAUGGAAUUCGAUGUGACAAACAGUGCCUCUGUAUCCAUGGGAGAUGUAAUAAUCACAUACACAGUGAUGGUAGUUGUCUUCCUGGCUCCUGUUUGCCUGGAUACGUCGGAAAGUUUUGUGACCAGCAUACAACUCCAUGUGGCCCUCAAUUUACAUUCUGCCAUGCACAUGCAGACUGUGUGUUCAAUGACGGGAUACCAAGCUGUGUUUGCAAAGUUGGCUAUGAGGGAGACGGCACCUACUGCAAAGAAGUAAAUCCCUGCUUUGCUACAGGUGUGCAGGUGUGCAAUAUUAAUGCUGAAUGCUUCCACCUUGGUCAAGGAAAGCACAAGUGUGUCUGCCGUCCCGGGUGGACAGGAGACGGACAAGACUGCUCAGCUAUCAAUAAUUGUCUUCAGAGCAAUGGAGGUUGUCAUGCCAAUGCUACCUGUGAAUAUAUUGGUCCUGGUCAGAGUGACUGUGAGUGUAACACAGGUUUCAGAGGGAAUGGUAUUGAAUGUGAGCAAGUAAAUGCAUGUCUAGAGGACACAAAGUGCCAUCCCUUGGCAACUUGUCAAAAAAUGCCCUUAGGAUUCUGGGAGUGCGUUUGUAGAGAUCCCUAUGAAGGCGAUGGUACUGUUUGCUUCGGGAAUGUAGCAAAUGUAAUUUCAUCGCUUGGAGAAGCAUCUGAGUUUUGGAAAUGGUUUGAAGAUCCUUCUAUAUUGUCAUUGAUAACCCAGACUCCAAAUAUCACUGUGCUUGUACCUUCCCAGCAAGCUUUUAGCAAUAUGAACCAGCAUGACAAAACCUACUGGAUGAAUAAAGGAUCUGUGGCGGCUUUGUUGAAGUAUCAUAUAUUAAACAGAAUCUACAAGGUUGAUGAUCUAAAGAACUUGUCGUCAUCGGACAUGCUGGCAACCUCCCUUAGCAAUAAUUUUCUGAAAUUAUCAAAAGAAAAUGGGAACGUUACUGUUGGAGGGGCUAACUUGCUUGUUGGUGAUGUGGCCGCGACAAACGGAGUUGUUCAUCUUAUUGACAAGGUAUUGACACCUGACAUACUUUUGGUUACAUCAAUGCCUGACCUUAUGGCCAGAUUAGACCAAAUGCCUGAUUAUUCAAUCUUCCGUGGAUAUAUUAUUCAAUACAAGCUUGCAGAGCGAAUCGAAGCUUACGAUUCCUACACUAUAUUUGCACCCAGUAAUGAUGCUAUCAACAGUUACAUUCAGAAGAAACAGCCGGCAACAUUGGAUGAAGAUGCAAUACUAUAUCAUGUUAUAUUAGGAGAGCAACUCAUGAAGAAUGAUCUCAAGAACGGCAUGCAUCGAGAAACUAUGCUGGGAUUCUCUUUCCAAAUUGGUUUCUUCAUUCACGAUGGACAGGUCUAUGUCAAUGGUGCUCCAGUCAAUUAUACCAAUGCUGCAACCAACAAGGGUGUUAUUCAUGGAUUGGGAAAGGUUUUGGAAAUUCAGAAGAACCGAUGUGAUACUAACGAAACCACUACUUUAUUAGGAAAGUGCGCUGAGUGUGGAUCUGAGCCAAUUUGUCCUCCAAACACACAGCCUGAACCUACUACAAAAAAGGCCUGCAUAUACACAAAAUACAUUUUAACGAAGAGAUACAUCCAUGUUGGCUGCCAAAUGAAAUGCUCUAGCACUGUUAUUACUAGAGAGUGUUGCUCAGGAUUUUUUGGAGCUGAAUGCUUACCUUGUCCUGCAAUAGCUGGGAACGCAUGUUUCGGCAAUGGCAUUUGUAUGGAUGGUAUCAAUGGAACUGGGAAAUGCCAAUGUGAAGAUGGAUAUAAUGGAACAGCUUGUGAAAACUGCAUAAAGGGAAAAUACGGGUCUCGCUGUGAUCAAGAAUGUUCCUGUGUCAAUGGAAUAUGUAAUGACGGGCUCGGUGGCGAUGGGACUUGUCAAUGCGAUGUUGGUUGGAGGGGUGUUAAUUGUGACAUUCAAAUCAAGGACGAUAAAUGCAGUAAAAGCUGCCAUACCAGCGCUAACUGUCUCGUUAAGACUGAUGGAACGCCAUACUGUCAAUGUGCUGCUGGCUUCAAAGGAAAUGGCACAUUCUGCUCUGCUGUUGAUGCCUGUGAGACGAGCAAUGGUGGUUGCUCUGUGAAUGCAGAAUGUCGAAAAACCAAACCAGGGAGCAGAAUAUGUGUUUGUAACCAAGGCUACACCGGAGAUGGAAUAGUGUGUCUUGAAAUCAACCCCUGCAUCACAAAUAAUGGUGGAUGCGCCAAGUUUGCUGAAUGCACAAAAACUGGGCCAAACCAGGCUACCUGUAACUGCUUGCCGAAAUACUCUGGAGAUGGUAAAAAGUGCUCUCCUAUUAACCCAUGUAUAACCAAAAAUGGUGGCUGCAGUGAAUUUGCGAAAUGUUCCGCUACUGGGCCAGGAGAAAGAAAUUGUACUUGCAAAACCAAUUACAUGGGGGACGGUGUGACCUGCAGAGGAAAUAUAUAUGAGGAGCUCAAAAAGUACCCACAAAUGUCUGAAUUUUACUCCAUGCUACAGUCAAGCAGUCUCAAUGAACUCUCGGGAUCUGGCCCAUUCACCGUCUUUGCUCCUACCAGUGAUGCUUUUAAAAGAGAGCCACGGACCAAAGAAUGGAUUGAUAAUGGAAUUAUGGACCAAGUACUCUUAUAUCACAUUGUGCAUUGCGCCCAGGUCCCUCGAGAGGAUCUAACAUCAUUGUCAAAAGUAACAUCCCUCCAGGGAGAAAGUUUAAAAAUUGCUUCAACAAAGGAUUCUUUGACAUUGAACGGGGAGGCAAACGUAGCUUCAAAUGAGCAGUUGCUGACGAAUGGUAUUUUGUACACUAUAGAUAAAGUACUUGUUCCUCAAAACAUGCAAACAUUCAAGAAAGAUACAUUUGGAAGAAAAAUGGAUAAUUUGACAGCAGUCGCAGAUGCUUAUGGCUACACUACAAUGGUCCAAUUAUUACAGAAUGCAGAUCUUAUGGCACUCAUUAACGAUCCCAUCCACAAGCCGGUUACUAUAUUUUUGCCUUCGGACAACACCCUGAAAAAUCUACCUAAGGACCAACACGAUUUUCUUUUCAACAAUGACAACAAGGACAAACUUUCACAGUAUUUAAAGUAUCACAUCUUCAGAGACGGACAAGUCAACUCAGUUAAUCUUCCCGACACCAGAAAAACUCUGCAAGGCUCGGAACUUACUGUAAAAUGUGGUGACAAAGACUCUGUGGGCGACUUGUUUCUGGAUAACCGGCAGUGUAAGAUUAUACAGCGCCAGCUUCUAUUUGAUGGAGGGGUUGCUUAUGGUAUUGACUGUCUGCUGACACCUUCUAGCGUUGGUGGACGAUGUGACAACUUAGUUACUUUCCAACUUACGGGUAAUUGUGGAUUCUGCUUUAAUACACCGAAUUGUCCGUCAGGAAGCAAACCCCAGGGUGCAAAGACAAAAUGUCCUUACACACUAACAUCUAAAAGAGUUAUAGAUGGCUGUCGUUAUGACUGCGCAAUGGUUCUCUGGAUGACAAAGUGCUGCUCUGGUUAUUAUGGGCGAGAUUGCCAAGCCUGUCCUGGUGGGCCAGAAAAGCCAUGCAAUAAUCACGGGACAUGCACAGAUGGAUACGCUGGAACCGGAGAAUGUAGAUGCUUGGAUGGAUUCAAUGGGACUGCCUGUGAUACUUGUUUGCCAGGAAGAUAUGGAUCUGAUUGCAAAUUUUGUGAUUGCACAAGUCAUGGGCAAUGUGACGAGGGCUACAGCGGAACGGGAACAUGUGCUUGUCAAAAUGGAUGGACUGGGAAACGUUGUGAAACUAAAAUAAAUGUACCUCCAGUCUGCACUCCACCUUGUUCCAGUAAUGCUGUGUGUAAGAAAAACAUGUGUGAAUGUAACGCAUUAUAUGAAGGCGAUGGAAUAACAUGCACUGUGGUGGAUCUUUGCAAGCAGAAAAACGGUGGCUGUGACACUAAUGCCAAAUGUUCCCAAAAUGGGGUAAAAGUCACCUGUGGCUGCCUGAAGGGGUACACAGGAGACGGUAAAACGUGUGCCCCUAUUGAUCGAUGUGCUGAUGGGUUAAACGGUGGUUGUGACGAACAUGCUACUUGUACAAUGACGGGACCGGACAAGAGGCAGUGUGAAUGUAAAGAUCAAUACAUUGGGAAUGGAGAGAGCUGUGAACUAAAGCAACUACCGAUUGAUCGUUGCUUGCAGGAUAAUGGACAGUGUCAUAUUAAUGCAAACUGUGAUGAUUUACACUUUCAAGACACACUUGUUGGCGUGUUUCAUUUGCGCUCUACGAAAGGAACCUAUAAGUUUACAUUUGAUGAAGCUGCACAAGGCUGCACUUACGAGGGUGGAACUCUUGCUACAUACAAUCAGCUUUUAUAUGCACAACAGGCUGGAUACAGUAUGUGUUCAGCUGGAUGGAUGGAAAAAGCACAAGUCGGAUAUCCAAUGGCAUUCUCCAACCCUAACUGCGGAUCAGGACAUGUUGGAAUUAUAGACUACAAGAUCCGUGUCAAUCUUAGCGAGACCUGGGAUGCCUUCUGCUACAGAGUUAAAGAUGUAGAAUGCACCUGCAAGUAUGGCUAUAUUGGUGAUGGGUACAACUGCAACGGAAACAUACUCCAAGUCUUGAUGUCUUUUCCUAUAUUUUCGAAUUUUGUGUUGGGAAUCAUGGCCUAUUCUAAUACUUCACAAAAUGGCAAAGACUUCGUAAACUACCUCACUAAUUUAUCAAUCCAAGCAACACUUUUCGCCCCAAGCAAUGAUGGACUCUUUGAGAACCAUACUCUCUCUGGCCGUGACAUAGAAUAUCACCUAGCGAAUGUCAGCACAUUCUUUUUUGAUGAUCUCAGCAACGGAACAGCCCUCCAAACCAGGAUAGGCAACAAGCUGACAAUCUCCAUGGACAAUGACCUAGAUCGCAAAAAGGCCCAAACUGCAAAAAACCGAACCAAAUAUGUGGACGGAAAGGUCAUACGACAAUGGGACUUUUAUGCUUCAAAUGGUAUCAUUCACAUGAUUUCUGAACCCCUUAAAGCUCCCCCUGAACCAAUAGCUCUACAUGCAGGACACGGAGCCGGGAUAUUCUUUUCCAUUGUUCUGGUUAUUGGAUUGGUGGCUUUAGCGAUCUAUGCGUACAAGAAGUUCAACAGACGGGAUUUCCAGUUCCAGCAAUUUAAUGAUUAUGAUGAUAAACAAAUAGCGGCAGAGCUUGAUGGAGCACCAGUCGCAAACCUUUCCAAUCCCAUGUAUGAAAGUAGCACAAAACCUAUCUCUUCAUCUGAACCCACCAUCGAACCGCCAUUUGACCCAUUUUCUGAUGAUGAACAACAGCUUGUGACCAUUGCUGGACUCAAAAAAUAACUAUAAGCUGACCAAGCCCAUAUUGAGUGGACUGCAUUAAAGAAUGUUCUUCAAAGGAAAGAUAUAGGAAUUGUAUUAAUUCCUGGUGGUGCAGGUUCAGUAGCUCGUUGCAGUCCAUUCAAAUAAAGUGAAUGUGUCUUGCGGCACAGUGUUACUGAAU